AACAGCUACAGACAGUUUACAAAAAGUACCGACUAACAAAAGAUAGGCAUUUUAAUAAAUGUACGAUCGACUUAUGUUAUAGAAUUGAGCUGCUCUUGACUGUGAAAAGAAGGAGAGGUGUUUAGCUGAACGAAACAUAUAAAAUGAGGAGCUGCACUGAUAUCUAAAAAUGGGAAAAACAUCAACUUUCAGAUGUCAUCUUGACUUGCAUCAUAUUUGCUACUUGUUACUUGGCACAUUACUAUUGUUAAACCAUGCAUCAAAAAGUUCAGCUACCAUUCAGGAAUUGUACUCCAUGGAAGAUCAAGAAGCUUAUGUGAAGUACUACAAGCAAUUCCCUGGACCUCUCCAGAAUUUCACAAAUGAUGCGUUGUUAAUGGUAGCAAAGUGUGCAGAGCUUACAGUAAAGGAGUACAAUAACCAGUCUCAAGUAGCAUACCAGCUAAGGCACAUCACAAAGGCACGGAUAGAAGAACAAGACAAUCUGGUCAAAUUACAGGUCGUAGUAGAAUCUGACAGUCAUGGAUAUCAUGAGAUGUACUUUGAGGCAAAAUCCAUAUUAACAACCAAGUAUAUCACUUCAUCAAUGACGAAAGCAGCUGUUAUUCCAAAGAAAGGGACUCAUCAUUGUGAUAAACUGAGUUCAAAAGCAGGAUGUACAGAGUGUACACUAUUUAAACGCUGUGUCAAAGGUCAUGUUCCAUCUCAUCCGUGGCUGGACUUUGCUCUCAAAACUCAGCAAGAAAUCCAGAUUGAUCAGGAGUUUCCAAAAGUUCAGUUGCUUGCGGCCCACAAUGCUUUCAAUGACAGAGCAGACCAUUAUGGAGUUCUAGAUUACUGUCCAUGGCCCCCACCAUAUGAUGCUGCAUGUCUAGACUUGGCUAACCAGGAGUUUAGUUUGACUGAUAUGCUCAACAUGGGUAUCAGAUCUCUGGAGAUUGAUCCAUGGUGGUGUUUUGGAAAGAUGAGAAUGAGCCAUGCUUCAGAACAUGCCAUCGGUUGCGGGCCCACCGAUAGGCUCUUUGUAUAUGGUAUGAAAGAGAUCGGAGAAUGGGUUCACAAACCAGAGAAUGCGGGGAUCAUCAUAAGAAUAUACUUUGAGGAUGGCUCUGAUCACACCAAAGGCCACGAUGAUCUGAUAAACGGACCAAUUAAAAAGUACUUUGGAGACAGAGUAUUUACACCAACUGAUAUGAAACAGUUGGGAAGAUGGCCGACAUUACGAGAAAUGAGAAAUCUAAAUAAGACCGUCCUUGUCACCUCGGCCAAUUCAUACACCCACGGUAGUGUCUUUAUUCAGGAGGGGUACUGGAACGAAUACAUAAGAAAUGAGUUCACACCGUACCCUACAUGCGGCCAAGCAUCAAGCUCCAGUGUACUGAGAUACUAUUGUGACAGUACAAACUAUGGACCCUUUUGGAAUGGACCGAAGCAAACCGGUGUUAUUCUAGACUUCUCAGAGUUCAUGAAAUGCGGUAUUCAGUAUCCUGCAGCUGACCAAAUCAAUCCAAAACUGCUGGAGACUGCUGUCUGGACUUGGGCCAAAGGUCAACCAAGUCAACCUCUGACCAUUCAGUCUUGUGUCUUUCUCGAUGGUACCAGUCACCGAUGGUAUCUGGCGCCCUCAUGUGACACAUUGCUUCCACAUGCCUGCAUCAGUUCAUCCAAUUCCACUGUCUGGGUGCUUGGUAGCAAGGCAAGCUACGGUGAUAUCAAUGCUUGCCCAAAGGGCUUCCAUUUCAGUCUUCCAGUUAAUGGAUUCCACCAACAAAAGCUUAUCGAGGUAGCUUCCAACCAAUCAGUAUGGCUGAAUAUGACUUCAUAUCUCCCACAAUUAGUCUGAAACCAUAAGUAUGAUUUGAAAUCUUCCUAUUAAAGCCCCACUGCACUAGUUUGGCCAGGAGGGAUUAGACCUCCCUGCAUGGUCACUGACGGGUGGUUAUCUCAUCAAAUCAGCUCUCAAU